AGGCUAAAUAAAAAUAAAUAUCCAAGAACCUGGAAUAUGAACCUUCGAGGAAAGUCACAUCUACUUGUAAGUGUAUCGAAGAACAGACACAGUGAAGAAUACAAGAAAAUACAGACAUUGUUUCAGACUACACUUUCAGGAGUAGAUAUUACAAAACUGGAACGAGUUCAAAACGAGACCUGCUGGGAUUUAUAUUCACGGCAAAAGGAAGUUAUGAUGAAAAAGAAUCCCAGCAAACCAGUGCAGGAGCGUCUACUGUUUCAUGGAACUACACCUGAAAAAGUUGAAGAUAUUUGUCGAGAUAAUUUUGAUUUUCGUUUGAGUGGAACUCGGGUUGGUGCAGUCUAUGGUCAAGGUGCCUAUUUUGCAAGCACAUCGAAGUAUUCUGAUUCCUAUGCAGAGGCUGAUGGCUACAAUGUAAAGAAGAUGUUUGUAGCACGAGUCCUUGUCGGAAGUUACACCACUGGGACCCGUGAUAUGCGCAGACCACCGUAUAAAAAUUCUUCAGAUAAAACAAAGGGGAUGUAUGAUUCUUGCGUCGACAACACAAGUAAUCCAAGUAUAUUUGUGGUAUUUGAUAACCAUCAAGUAUAUCCAGAAUACGUAAUCACAUAUUCAACAUCCAGUGCCAAUCAAACUUUUUAUAGUAGUACCAACCAAACAAGCUCUUAUAACCCAUAUACAGCUGCAGCAAGAUACGCUUACAGUGCCAGUCAAACAUCUGAUACCAGUACCAGCCAACGAAACUCUUUUAACUCAUAUACAAGUACAACAGCUAGAAGGGCUUACAGUGCGAGUCAAACAUCUUAUACGGGUACCAGCCAACGAAACUCUUAUACCCCAUCUACAAGUACGACAGCAAGAAGCACUCACAGUGCCAAUCAAACAUCUUAUAGUAGUACCAACCAACCAAGCUCUUAUAAUUACCCACCAAGUCUGACAGCAAGCAGCACUUCCAAUCAGGCUUCUAGUAGUAGACCUAGUUCUUCUACAAGUUCUAGUCGCAAUAGCAAAUCAUCUUGUGUUUGUAUGUAAAACAAUUAUGACAUUAUUGUUGCAUUGUUUAUAAGGCUGUAAUACAGAUGUGUUGCAUAUCUGUUUUAAGCGCUCCAAAUGAUUUAACAAAGAAUAUCUGAUAUAUUCUAUUGCACUGUGUUUCUAGAAAGAAUUAUUUCUUUGAUUAUAUUUUUUUUUUCAUUAUUGAAUUCAUUAUUGAACUCAAAAGUAAAGACAAUAAGAUUGACUUGGUAGACUAGAAACACUAAAUUUAUUGUUCACAUGAAUAUUUCGGCCUGUCCUCAGGCCUUCUUCAGCAUGAGUGACAAACAUUAUGUAAGUUGGCUGUUACAGAAAUCUCAAUAUAAUAUAAUGAAUACAUCUAUUGGUUUAAAAUUUUAACAAAGUAUAAUGCAGGGGCGUACCGUGGGGGGGUCGAUGGGUGCGAUCGACUCCCCCUUUUAAAGAAA